AUGUUUUAUCGAGCAAUUUAUCGAAGAACAAAAACAUCCUUGAUUUUAUCGAGACGACUUAGAACCAUUGCGACACAUGUGACACCUUCGACAAAUGUUUCAACACAAAGAUUAACUUCGAAUCGAAUCAACUUAAAGAAUAUUACGCAUAUCUCGAAUCUUCCAAAGACAUUCCGAACAUUUUCUUCAACCCCAUUAAAAUGUGACGCGUUUUCUCCUUUAGACACAUUUCCUCAAAGACAUAAUGGAUCAUCAGAUGCGGAGAUAAAAGCAAUGCUUGAUACUAUUGGCGUGAAAGAUAUGGAAGAAUUGGUUAAUAAAACAAUUCCUGCUAACAUUCGGUCUACACAGGCUUUGGCUUUAGAAGGUGGCCUUACCGAAAGUGAGCUUUUGAAACGACUGGGAGAUAUUGCUUCAAAAAACAAAGUUUACAAAUCAUACAUAGGCAUGGGUUAUACAAAUACAAUUGUACCUUCAGUUAUUCUAAGAAAUAUUUUGGAAUCUCCGGGAUGGUAUACACAAUAUACUCCUUACCAACCCGAGAUCUCUCAAGGUCGUCUGGAAUCACUUUUAAACUUUCAAACUAUGGUUACCGAUCUCACGAGCAUGGAUAUCGCCAAUGCUUCUCUUCUUGAUGAGGGAACUGCGGCUGCGGAAGCCAUGUUGAUUUCUUUUUCUGCAGGAAAACAGAAACGACAUACCUUUUUUGUGGAUGAGAAAUGCCAUCCCCAGACUAUUGCGUGUCUUCAGACACGUGCUGAAGGGUUUGGGAUCAAUGUCAUAAUAGGAGAUGUACUAAAAUAUGAAUUUGAAAACAAACACCCAAAUGAUUUAGCUGGCGUCUUAGUUCAGUAUCCCGCAACAGACGGUAGCAUUAAUGACUAUUCAGACCUUUCUACAAAAAUUCAUUCCUUAGGUGGACAAGUGGUUUGUGCAACUGAUUUGAUGGCACUAAGUUUAUUAACACCACCAGGAGAAUGGGGUGCGGACAUUGCAUUAGGUAAUAGUCAGCGGUUUGGUGUUCCAUUAGGUUAUGGCGGUCCACAUGCUGCCUUUUUUGCUUGCAAAGAUCAACAUAAACGAAGAAUGCCUGGUCGAUUAGUUGGUGUUUCGCGUGAUGCAAAUGGAAAUAAGGCCUACCGUUUAUCGUUACAAACAAGAGAACAACAUAUUAGACGGGAAAAAGCUACUAGUAACAUAUGUACCGCACAAGCACUCUUGGCUAAUAUGUCUGCUAUGUAUGCUAUAUAUCAUGGACCUGAGGGAAUCAUAGCUAUUGCGAAACGUAUUCAUACUUUAACUAACGCUUUAGCCGAAGAAAUUAAACAGAUGGGAUAUUCAAUCAAGAAUGAUGCAUUUUUUGAUACAUUGAAUGUUCAUAUUGAGAAUGGCGCCGAUGACAUUAUUCGAAAAGCUGCAGCCGCUAAUAUCAACUUUCGUAAAGUAGAUAAUAAUACUGUUGGUAUAACAUUGGACGAGGCAGUUAUAAAGCAAGAUGUGUUGGAAAUUAUUCAAAUUUUCUCCAAGGAUUCGUACAAGAAUUCGGAUUUACAACCAGCUAAUAAAGCGGCUAUUCCUCAGAAAUUUAUUCGUACCUCACCUUUUAUGCAACAUCAAGUGUUUAAUUCUCAUCAUUCGGAGACUGAAAUGCUAAGAUACAUAUAUUACUUGCAAUCAAGGGAUCUUUCAUUAGUUCAUUCUAUGAUACCUUUAGGAAGCUGUACUAUGAAACUCAAUGCUACCACGGAAAUGAUCCCAAUAACAUGGCCUGAAUUCGCAAAUAUGCAUCCAUUUGUACCAGAUAACCAAGCUGAGGGUUAUAAAAUCUUAAUUAAUGAACUUGAAAAAGAUCUUGCCAUUAUAACAGGAUUUGAUGGUAUUUCUUUACAACCAAAUUCUGGAGCUCAGGGAGAAUACACAGGAUUGCGUGUUAUCGGAGCAUAUCAUAAAUCAAGGGGCGAUGAUAAGCGCAAUGUUUGUCUAAUUCCAGUAUCAGCUCAUGGUACAAAUCCUGCUUCGGCUGCUAUGGCAGGUAUGGAAGUUGUACCUGUCAAGUGUGAAAAUAACGGUGAUCUUGAUAUGAAAGAUUUGGAAGAGAAGGCCACCAAAUAUAAAGAUAGUUUGGCAGCAUUUAUGGUUACUUAUCCGUCAACAUUUGGUGUUUUUGAAAAUGGCGUUGUAAAAGCAUGUGAAAUAAUUCAUCAAAAUGGUGGGCAAGUAUAUAUGGAUGGAGCUAAUUUAAAUGCACAAAUUGGAUUAUGUACACCAGCUGACAUAGGAAUGGAUGUUUGUCAUUUGAAUUUACACAAAACAUUUUGUAUACCUCAUGGUGGUGGUGGACCAGGAGUUGGUCCCAUAGGCGUCAAAUCACACCUUGUACCAUUUUUACCGGGUCAUCCAGUUGUAAAAACUGGUGGCGAUAAAUGCAUUGGACCUGUAGCAGCAGCACCUUUCGGUUCACCGGAUAUUUUACCAAUUUCCUGGGCGUAUAUAAAAAUGAUGGGCGGUAAAGGAUUAACAGCGGCUACGCAUCUCGCAUUGCUUAAUGCUAAUUAUAUGGCAAUCCGAUUGUCCAACCACUAUAAAAUUUUAUUUACCAAUCAAAAUGGAAUGUGUGCUCAUGAGUUUAUUAUUGAUAUCAGACCAUUUCAAAAAACCGCAGGAAUUGAAGCCAUAGAUAUAGCCAAACGUCUUCAGGAUUAUGGAUUCCAUUCUCCAACAAUGUCAUGGCCAGUACCAAAUACACUGAUGAUAGAACCCACAGAAUCAGAAUCCAAAGCAGAAUUAGAUAGAUUUUGCGAUGCAAUGAUUUCAAUUAGGGAAGAGAUUAGUUCUAUUGAAAACGGUCAACAACCAAUAGACAAUAAUGUAUUAACAAAUUCACCACAUACUAUUGAAACGUUAAUUUCAACUACCUGGGAUAAAGCGUAUAGCAGAGAACAAGCGGCUUUUCCGAUGAAAAUUUUAACAACUCAUAAAUUUUGGCCAUCGGUUGGAAGGCUCGAUGACGCAUUUGGAGAUAGAAAUUUGAUAUGUUCUUGCCCACCAAUUGAAGAUUAUCUCGAAUAA